CAAGGUUAAAGGUUGUCUGUUCGAAGAACAACGAUUCGAGGAAAUGACACUAGAUAAAAAGCCAACUUCGUCAUCAGAAAUCUCACCACUACGGAGCAGUAUGAAGAGAUUGCUGAUCCUACUGACGUUUGUGGUACUUUCUACAGCCAAACCGGCUCAGAAAAUCCGCACUUGGUGUUUCGUUUUCGAGGGAACGUCCGUAUGCCCCCUCUGCCCCCAGAGAACAGGUUUACUCUGCCCACCUGCCAACGAAGAUGACGACACUACAACAACACAGGCCGCCGCCACCACCACCACCGAAAAGGUGGUUCCUAACGAAACAGAAGUGGUCACUCUAACACACGACGACGUCGUCACAACUGAAACUAGUCUAGAAGUCACGACUCUCACUCCUCCCGCUCCUACCCCUCCUGCUCCUACUACCGCUGAUCCUAUCGACGAGGACUUUUGCUACGACAAUGGGGGGUGCGACUGCCCCUUUAUAUGUUGUAAACAAAAGAAAGGUAAACCUAAGAAGUGUGCUACGGGCUUUCGACUUCCUCCUGGAUUAAAUUACUGAAAAUGCUGUAAAAAUGCCCAUUUAUGGUAUUGUUUUAAACAAGAAAUAAAGUUUUUGGAUGUUACGCCUAGAACAAUUACCUGAUGUUUGCCUGGUGACGGUGAUUAUUAAGUAAUACCCCCGUCUGGUCGAUUUAAAUUUAGGUUUUCAUCGGUGUUUUCCUCUGUUACAUAAUUUUAAGUUUAAAAACGUGAGUUUGCAUUAGUUACGCUGUUAAAUUUUACUAUAUAAUCGAGUGGUUAGCGCGUUUUUAAACCGGUUAUUCUCUGUAACGGGUGUAACUGGGUGUGACUUAUUACUUCAUUAUAGGUUAACCACUACAUUCACCUUGACGUGUUGUGCGGGUUUGGAUUUUAUAAAAACGAAGCUUUCCCGAGCUUAUACGAAAUAAACAAGUUACAGUUUAGGGCCUCUGGCUUUUGGUGGAGGGAAAGGGCCUUUUUGAUGUAAUAUAUUAGGGCCACAACACGUUUAAAUUGAAUCAUAUUACUAAUUACGAGGCCGUAGCAUCAAAUUUCUGUUAUAAUUUCUUCUGUUACGUUAGUUUUUGUGUAUAUUUUUGUGUCUGUCCUUACUCUCGAGAACGGAGUUAGAUAGAUGAAAGGCGUGACCAGGUAUUGGAAGAUUAGGACAGGAGGCCCUGAUUAACUAUACGAAUUUCCGAUGUAAACCGGAAUUCACGUUAUUUCAAUUCAAAAAUUUUCCCUUGAAAGGAGUUAGUUAGAAGACCAGCAUGACUCUAUUUCUAACAGGAAAUUUUAUAUCUAAAAAAUAUAAUGUACGGGG